AUGGUGGAUCUGUACUGUAAUAAAGAAGUUACAACAGCACCUGGUCCAACGUUGAUUUAUCGAACAAUCGGCGGUAAUCUCGACAUCUACUUCUUCCCUGGUCCUACUCCAGAAGAAGUGACGCAACAAUACCUUGCGCUGAUAGGUACACCAAUUCUACCAGCAUACUGGGCUCUUGGCUUCCAGAUCUCCCGUUGGGGCUACAAAAACUUCGCUGAAAUGAAGGAGGUAGUGGAAAGAAAUAUACGGGCUGGGAUUCCAUUUGAUACUGUUGUUGGAGACAUUGAUUAUAUGGACAGAUAUAAAGAUUUUACAAUAGGCGAGGACUGGAAAGCAUUUCCUGCAUAUGUUGACAAGCUACAUAGUCAAGGGAUGCGUGUAGUGUUGAUGUUCGAUCCAGCUGUUCAAGUUAACUAUGCGCCUUUUGAAAGAGCAAUUCAGUCAAAAGCCCGAUUUGUGGAAUGGGAACGCUACGACCAAGUGAUGAAUGCAAGCAGCUUGUAUCCCCUAGUGAAUGGAACGAAAAUCAUGCUGGGUGUGAAAGCCCGAUUUGUGGAAUGGGAACGCCACGACCAAGUGAUGAACUCAAGCAGCUUGUAUCCCCUAGUGGAUGGAACGAAAAUCAUGCUGGGUGUGGUGUGGCCUGACAAUCACACUGCUUUUCCUGAUUUUCUGGAUCCAAGCGGGAAUACAGCAAAAUGGUGGACUGACGAGUUAGUUAGAUUUAGGAAAACGAUUGCAUAUGACGGUAUUUGGAUUGAUAUGAAUGAACCAGCAAACUUUGGGACAAAUGAAAAGCACCCAUGGUACUUUGAUGAUGACGACCAUCCAAAUAUUGAGCCUUUGAAAUGUCCAACAAACGAGAGCUCUGAAGAUGCGUAUUGGGACAUGCCACCAUAUAAAACGCAUAACGUGUGGGCGUUUGGAAAGGUUUGCGCUUUUUUUAUAGCAGGCUUCUGUAGAGUUUAA